GCUUGGCGCUUGUUUAUCAGCGGAGGCGCAGCGCGGCAGCCGCACAGUGAACCAGUGUUAGAAGAAGAGCAGAAACUUGUCACCAUGAAGACCGCUGUUGUGUUCGCUUUUAUUGGCCUCUGUGCUCUGUCAGCACUGUCAUUGGCUGAAGACCUAAAGAAAUCCAAACCUUCUGCAACCGUGUCCCCUGCGGGCGAGUUUGCAGAGACAACCACAACUCCCAAGCCUACAACCACAACUCCCAGUACAACCACAACUCCCAGCCACAACCACAAUCCAAGCAAGCCUACAGACCACAACUCCAAGCCUACAACCACAACUCCCAAGCCACAACCACACUCCCAAGCCCAAGCCUACAAACCACAACUCCAGCCUACAACCACAACUCCCAAGCCCAAACCUACGACCGAAACAACUUCCCAAGCACUACAACCACAUACUCCCAAGCCCAAGCCUACAACCCCAAAACCUACAACUACACCUUCUCCUUCACCUACUGCCCCAGCCAACGUGAGUGUAGGAAACUACACUCUGUCGGACAACAAGAAAGUGAUGUGCCUGAUGGCUAUAAUGGCGCUACAGAUCCGACUGGCAACACCAAAGGCCAAUGGAACCUUCGUUGUUCAGCCGAACAUGGUCCAAACAAAGGGAAGCUGUCAGGACACCAAAGUUAACCUUACCCUCGACUUCAAAGAGGGUUCCAUCACCUUCAUGUUCAACAAGAGUGUUGCUAAUAACACCGUCUACGUUGAUACCCUGUCUUUUAGCCUCUCCUACCCCUUCAACAAAGGAAAAGGUAAUGGCCAGUACUCUGCCAACAACAAGUCAAUGCAGCUCUUCCCUGCAAAGAUUGGACACUCCUACUCCUGCAAGAAUCAGUCACUCUACAUGGGCAAUGGACUGUACCUAGAAGUCACUCAAGACCAGAUGCAGGCCUUCAAUUUCACCAAGAGCAACGAGUUCGGCCUGCCUGACCCGUGUCCUGCUGACCUGCCCAACUACACUGUUGCCAUUUGGGUGGGAGUGAUAUUGCUGGUGCUUAUCGUGGUGGUGGUGGUGGUCUACCUGCUGAGCCGCAGGAAGAGGGCUGAUGGCUACCAGUCUCUGUGAGGGAGGCUGGGCAGAAGUCAAUCAGGGGUCACUCCCAUUAUAAACAAGGGUCAGUGAGGCUGUGAUCUUUCUCAGGAGCUAAAGGGAACUUCAACUAAAUGCUAACCUGCAAUUUUUCUGUCCUUUUGUCCGUGGUUUACCUAAUUUACUGUAUUAACAGUUGUUUUAAUUAGGGUCCUAUGUAUGGAGGCUUUAGUGUGACACUAGAGUAAUUGUACAACUGAAAAGUGUUUGAUCAUAAUCAAUUAAUAAAUUGAUCUAUUUAAAUGCUAUUAUAAAAUGAUUAAACAAAUUAGCACAACAAUUAGAAGUUGCAUUGAUAAAUCUAGAGUAAAAAAAUAAAUAUAUGUUAAUUAAAUAUGGUUUAAGCAAAUGGAAAAAAAUGUAACAUGAACAAAUGAACACAAACAUGAACGCAAUUAAUGAAAAAAGAAAUUAUUAAUUCAUUAUUUAUAGAGAGUGAGGAAAUUCUAAUUUUUGUCGAGUUUAAUAAUCCAUCACUUAAAUACUAAAUUAAUUAAUCAUUUUAUAAUCCCCUUUGUUUUAUUAUUCCUGUGGCAUACUCCAAUUUAAAACAACAUUUUUUAUUUUCAACAUGCCAAUAGCCAGUCAUUAUAUGUGAGAGUUUGACCCCAGAAAUGUAUUCUCAUCAGGGUGGACUGUGAAAUACCAUCUCUGUGCUGAGACACUAAAUAUUAUGAUGCUAAUAAUGACGGAUUAUACAAACUGACAUCUUCAGAGAUAAAACUGACCAAAAUAUUUCAUUAGAAUCAGUUGAGGUUAUUUUUUCCCAUGGACAGACAGUUUUAAUACCAUGAUAAUUGUGUCAUUUUGACAAGAGGCUAACAUUGGCUCCUUUAUCAGUCUAACCCCGCAUCAUACAUUACAGAGAGCAGUGGAAUCACAACGUAAAAUCAAGUGAAGUCAGAUUUUAACAACUUUUUCAUCUAAAUUAUAUACAGCUUGUCUCAGCAAAUACACAAUAAAUUUCAUUUAAAGUUUUCUUCAUUGUAUUGGGAUGAUGUGUUUACAUGUUUUUUUAUUUCUUUGUUUUUUAAUGAAUCAGAUCUUGUGUAUUCAUUUAUACAGGAAUUUAAAAAGAAGGGAAGUUAUCCAGUUACUAACUUUACAGGUGAUUAGAGUGUGUUUGCAUUAUGAAUCAGCAGAAAGGGAAAAUUCGCAUGAUGUUUGUCAGGAAUUAUUUCUCCCUGGUCAACAAUACUUGCACUGAUUGCUGUCUUUAUCAUACUAUAUGUAGCCAAUGCUGUGUUUUGGUAGAAAUUUAGGGAGGGGCCGUCUAUGUGGGUCAGUAAUGAUUCUAGUCUGAUCCUGAUUACAUUUGUAAUGGAGUCCAUCUCUCCUACACCGCCAGGUCUUCUCUAAUAAAAUGAAUAGUCUGACAUUUUUGGAAAAACGCUGAGCCACUUUCUAGCUGUUUUCCCUGUUUCCAGUGUUUAUGCUAAGUUAAGCCAACUGUCUCCUGGCUUUAGCUGCAUUUAUAAAAUUAAAGUGGUCUCAUCUAAAGCAAACAAAUUUCCUAAAAUGUCAAACUGGUCCUUUAAAUAUGCUGACAGGCUGACUGUGCCGUGCCUUAAAACUGUAGUCAGUAAUUUAAAAUAACUUUUUGUCACAUUUGCUGAAACUUAAACUACACUAAACACUCAUGGCAUUUGCAAGAUUCUUGCAAAUGCCAUUAGAAGCACCAGGAGGACUUGCAGAGGACUUGCAAGGUCUGUACGAAAACAACCAAUCAGAGCCAAGAAAGAUGGUUGACUGUUGAGUCUCAUGUCAUCAAAUAUUGAUGCUGGGAAUGAGACUCAACGAUCAAUUGUUUUCAAGCCAGCGUAUUUCCAUCUUUCUCUGCUCUGGUUGCUUUCGUUCAGUCCCGGUAGGCUCUAGCAAAGACCAUUAGGAGCACUAGGAAGAGCCAGAGGAACCAGAUUUUUUCACAGAUUAAAUGUCUCAUUUACUACAAUCAGGAUAUAGUGAACGCUUCAGAACAUAUGACAAAAAGUUAUUUAGACAGUAGCUGUUCUGGACAAGCCAAACCUCUUAGUGCUCAGUAGCUGUAGAGGUCGGACUUGUUGAAUCGAUGAAGGAUCAGACCCGUUGGUCAUGGCUACAGUUCCAGGUUUCGUCCAUCAGGUGAUGCUGUGAAGUUAAAAAUGGACAGAAAUGAGGGACCUUACUGUAUGUACAGUUAUCCACAGUGUGUGUGAGCACUUUUACCUGUUGUUAACUUCUUGUGCCAAUAAAGAAUGAUGUAUUUCUAAA